ACUUCUUUUGAGUUUUGACCUGCCUCUCUCCUCGGCAAAUACAUAAAUCAAUCGCCGAAGCCGCCACCGCACUGCCGCCGCCACUGCCGUCGCCGCCACCCUUCCCUUGCCGUCAAGGGUGGAGUGGAGGGACUGAACUUUUGAAAUUUUUGUUUCUACAGAAGUGAAGAUGAAUGCGUCCCGCCGUGACCGGUGUUCUUCCGAGCUCGGCUCUUUUCUUGUUGUAGUGAUUGCAUUACUGUUGGUGAAUGCACCGAUCGAAGUCUUAGCCUCCAAUUCUGCCUCCGCCUUCGUUCACAACGUCAUCUAUUCCAACAAGAUCGCACUUUUCUCUAAAUCCUACUGCCCGUAUUCCUUACAUGCCAAGCGCAUAUUCAGUGAACUACAUGAGCAGCCUUUUGUUGUGGAACUUGAUCUUCGAAAUGAUGGAUUUGAAAUCCAGAAUGUUCUUCUAGAUUUGGUGGGCAGGCGCACAGUCCCACAAGUCUUUGUGAAUGGCAAGCAUGUUGGGGGCUGCGAUGAUCUGAAAAUAGCAGUUUCAAAUGGUCAGUUGCAGAAACUUCUCAGCAAAAGUUGAUGAAGUUGAUGAAAUACCUGGGAUCUUGCGAUCUUAGCUGAAGCAACCUAUAGAAAUCAGAGACUGUAUUUUCUGAUCCUGACGGUAAUCUCUUAGGAUAUUAUAAUCCAAAAUUGGAAAGUACAGCAAGAUCUUAUCUUUUCACUGUUCCAAAAAACUACAAUCUUUGCUAACACAAUGCCUCACUCUUCUUUUCCUCAUGAAUAAUUGAGUUUUACACAGCAAUGCUUGUUCUAUUUGAUGUUUUCUACGAUAAGAACCCAUUUUAUUUGUUUUGAAUUGGUUGAAUGUUUGUAGACAUCUUGAAAUUGCGCACUGUUUCAAUAGAAUGAAAGAUGUUAGAAUGUAAGAUGUUUCCUACAUAGAAAUAAAAUGUUUGUCAGGCUCUUAUUUCAA